AUGGUAUUCGCUCUCCAAACGGAACGCUCAGCUUCUACAGCGGGGACCAUGAUGCAACAUGACAACCAGCCCAAGCCCAAGGACGGGACACCACUAAUUGGCGGAGACUGUGUGGAGCUUCUGCAAGCCACAUCUCCUGCGGUCAGCUCGACGCGAUACCGCAACUUCAAAGUGUGGUCAGCCACCAUUGCUGCCAUCGGGAUCUUCUUCUUGUUCUGGACCGAACCAAGCCUGCCGUGUCCGGAGCUCGCAUCAAAGGUCACACAGCCCAUCCGCUUUGUGCAACACUCCAGCAGAGCGCCCGGAGCUGCGUUGCUGAAUGUCUUCCAAGUAUACCCACCAGUGCUUACCGUUGACCCAGAAGGAGCCCUUGGGAUAUCAGAUGGGACUUCAGCGUCCGCUGUGCACACGACACCAAGCAGACAGGCAACAUGUCAACAGACUUUGGUUGUGCACAGUUUCGGAUCUUCAUAUGGCCAGCCUUAUGUUGGCCCGUACACACCUCCAAGCUGCUCCUUUGACAGAGUGACAUGGAACCUGACGGUGCUGUCCGCUGGCAAGCAGUUCGACAGACUGGGUACGGUGUCCUUUGGAGACAUUGAGCUUUUCAGGACAUCUACAGCAGAGCCAACGGUCGGCGGUAUUUCAUGGACCUAUCUUAAGGACAUGACUAACUUCUUGCCCCUGUUCAAGCAAGAACAGACCAUAAUCUUUGAUCUGGGAAACUUGAUCAAUGAGGUAUAUACAGCACCGUUCAACGUCACGUUGACCGCGGCAUACUUUACGGCAGAUGAUUCCAUUGUACCAGCCGAUCUCAUUGUCCCCAUCUCAAAGCACCAAGGUAUUGUCGGGCAGCCAAGCUACUUCUCGUAUCCUGACGAGACAGCGUCAGAUGCCUUGUCUCUGCCUCGCAGCAUCAGGAGGGCUGUUAUCACGGUCGCAGCGACCGGGCAGGCUACAGAAGAGUUCUGGUGGAGCAACGUCUUACAGUCUACAAUCGAUACUUUCGGAUCAAACAGCACCUUGCCAGGCUUCUCUCCAUUCCGAGAGGUGCAGCUGUACAUUGACGACAUGCUUGCGGGUGUCGCAUGGCCCUUCCCGGUGAUCUUCACUGGGGUUGUUGUACCUGGAUUGUGGCGGCCGGUUGUUGGUAUCGAUGCUUUCGACUUGAAAGAGGAUGAGAUUGACAUCACUCCAUGGCUAUCUUUACUCUGCGAUGGCUCAGCACACACAUUCUCAAUUCGUGUGUCUGGUCUUAAUGAUACAGGUAACGGGGCGGCAUCGCUAUCCGGUACCACGGGCGAUUCUUGGUAUCUAUCUGGCAAAGUCUUCAUAUGGUUGGAUACAGCUGGGCACAUCACCACUGGCAAAGGGCCAGUCCAGGUGUCGCCGGCUCCUAAGCUUGAGGUCUCUUCGCAAAUCUUGAAGGCCUCAAAUGGGACCAACGAGACUCUGAUAUACCAAGUCAAUGCGCAGCGGAGCUUGACCCUUCAGUCGACAAUACUUACAUCACAAGGUCAAAAGAUGGCGACCUGGUCUCAGAGCUUGUCUUAUACGAACUUAGGCAACUACACGGAUGAAGGCAACGUACAGACCAACACUCAACGCACGAUGGGACACGAUGAUUCGUCGAGUGGCUAUUCGAAGCAUUACGACUAUCCACUGUACGCUCUCAGUACAGCUGAGACCGUGGGUGAUGACCUCACUCUGACUGCGACUGUGAGCAGAAGCAAAGACGUCCAGACCUUUGGGCAGGCGGUCUUCCCAAGCGGACUAGAGUCGUUUGCCAACGCCGAUGCUAUUAAACCAUUGUACAAGACUUUUCAGGGAGCAUGGUUAUCGACCUCACAACACGGCUCUGCUACCUACAUCGCGAACCAAACCGCAAAGACGUCCUACAGCUUCGGUACCACAGAACAAGACAUGACGUUCUCCGGCAUCCAGGAAGCCUCGAAUGAAGCACCGCAACAGUACUCUCCAGAUAUCACACAAACGGAAGAACUGUUCCAUCGACACGUCAUGGCCGUGAAUGGAACGGUCGUCUACGACCAGGAAACUCUCAUCCAGACCACUGUGGACCAUGAUCACCAUGGCCACUACACCACACGCGGACUCGUACUUUCUGGCUACCCUGGAAGUGGCGCUCGCUUCAGAGGCUACGGAAAGGAAGAAAGUUCGCCUGGAGGGGACGUUAGCCGCCACAUGCUGAAGACCCAACGAUCAGCCGUCGGGCCCGAAUCCUUCUCUCAGCCUCCCACGGCUGAACCAUGGGUCAUUGAGGAGGGUCUGAGUGCAUGUGCUGAGCUUAUACUGUGCUUUCGCGAACGCCUUUCCAAACAUCAUGCUGUUCCGCAGGAGAAUAAACAAAUUCAUGUAGCGAAACCCGGGUGA